AUGACUGCCGCCGCGAUAGGACGGCGUACAUUCGGCCACAAGCUGCUACAAACGCUAAAUUGCACCGUGCAACCAGUGACGAGCUCUCUAAAAACUCAGCCGAAGCCGCGACCCCAAAAGCACAGACAUGUUCACACACGAGCAGGAGACUACUUGCCCACCAGUCUGGUAGGAUGGACCGAGUCGCAGCAGUCUGUUCGCGAAGCCAUCUCGAAGAUCUGCUCUCAGUAUGGCGACGAAUACUGGAUGGAAAAAGAUACACAUCACAGCUUCCCCUGGGAAUUUUAUAAAGACAUUGCCAAGAAUGGAUGGCUCGGUAUAUGCCUGCCUGAAGAGUACGGCGGCGCCAACCUUGGUCUCGCCGAAGCAGCGGUGAUGCUACAGACCGUUGCCGAAUCUGGAGCCUGUAUGAACGGCGCAUCGUCUAUUCAUAUGAAUAUAUUUGGUCUCGCCCCCGUGGCAAAGUUUGGCACUGCUGAACAACGGAAGCGCUGGCUGGUUCCCUUGAUUCAAGGCCAGGAGCGUGCCUGCUUUGGCGUGACUGAACCAAACACGGGCCUGGAUACACUGAAGCUACAAUCUAGCGCCGUAAAGAAGGGUGGUAAGUACAUCUUAUCGGGCCAAAAGAUAUGGAUAUCAACUGCGCAGAUUGCCGAGAAGAUCCUCAUACUGGUGCGAACUACACCCCUCGACCAAGUCAAGAAGGCGAGUCACGGUCUAUCCCUAUUCUACACAGAUCUGGACCGAUCUGCCGUCCAGGUGAUCGAGAUUCCCAAAAUGGGACGGUGUGCUGUCGACUCCAACGCCUUAUUCUUUGAUGGGUGGGAGGUCCCAGCUGAGGACUUGAUUGGCGAAGAAGGUGAUGGGUUCAAAAUGAUUAUGCAUGGCAUGAAUGCAGAGCGAGUGCUCGUUGGUUCGGAGGCACUUGGCAUUGGAUAUGCGGCCCUGCGGCGUGCUUGCAACUAUGUCAACGAACGAGUCGUGUUUGGCAAUCCAAUAGGCAAGUAUCAGGGCAUACAGCAUCCAUUGGCAGAGUGCUGGAUGCAGCUAGAGAGUGCACGGUUGACUUUGAACGUGGCUGCAAAUCUAUUUGAUCAGGGCUACCAAGAUGGAGACUAUGCCAAUGCUGGGAAAUUCUUAGCCGCCGAGGCAGCAUUCAAGACGGCGGACCGGGCGGUCAUGUCGCUGGGAGGCAUGGGCUACGCGAAAGAGUACCAUGUUGAGCGGUACCUGAGAGAGGCUACACUGUCACGGAUUGCACCAAUUAGCGCGGAAAUGAUAAAAAAUUAUAUCGGGCAAAAGGUGCUGGGGCUACCAAGAAGUUAUUAG